GAAUGUGUGGAACCCGCCAAGGGCUCCCGAGCUCCAUAAAUAGCAGGCAGGCAGUCCCGGCACCAGAGGCACCCAGAGGCAGCACAGCAGGCACUUCCAGCCCUCAGGAUGGGUUUGAAGGUGGCCUCCCUUGUCCUGGUGCUCCUGGCACUCUCAGGUGCACAGGCUGAUGUCAAGCCAGACGAGGUGGCCAGCGUGCUGGUGAAGUACUUCACUGACCUGGGCAGCAAUGCCAAGGAGUCAGUGGACACCCUGCAGCAAUCCGAGAUCACCAAGCAGCUCAGCACCCUGCUGAAGAGCAACCUGCAGACCGUCAACUCCUACGCUGAGUACCUGCAGGGGCAGCUGGUGCCCUUCGCCAAGGAGCUGCAGGCGCGGCUGGCGCAGGACUCGCAGCGGCUGAAGGAGCAGAUCCGGCAGGAGCUCUCGGAGCUUCAGGCCAAGCUGGCGCCCUACGCCGACGAGGUCCACCAGCAGAUCAGCACCAACAUCCACCAGCUGCAGGCCAAGAUGAGCCCCUUCGCCGAGGAGCUGCGCUCCCAGGUGGACCAGGGGGCCGGGGAGCUGCGUCAGGCGCUGGAGCAGCAGGCGGCCCGGCUGCGGGAGAGGCUGCAGGACAACGCCGAGAGCGUCCAAGCCUCCCUCAGCCCCUACGCCGACCAGCUGCAGCAGCAGAUCGACGGCGGGGUGGAGAGCCUGAAGGAGCGGCUGAGCCCCGUGGCCGACCAGCUGAAGGCCCAGGUGGAGCAGAGCGUGGCGGAGCUGCAGAAGGGGCUCAGCCCCUACGCCCAGGACGUGCAGGACAAACUGAACCGGCAGCUGGAGAGCCUGACAGCACAGAUGCAGCGGGCGACCGAGGAGCUGCGAGCACACCUGGCUACCAGCUCGGAGGAGCUGCGAGCCCAGCUCAGCCCGCUGGUCCAGGAGCUGCGGCAAGUGGCCGACGGCCACGGCGAGGACCUGCGGCAGCGCUUGGCCCCCCUGGCCCAGCAGCUGGACCAGCGUGUGGAGCAGACCCUGGAGGCGUUCCGGCAGCGGGCAGCCCCCAUCGGAGAGGCCUUGGGGCAGCAGCUGGUGCAGAGGCUGCAGGAGCUGCAGGGAAAGCUGGACACGGGCGCUGCGGGCCUGGAGGAUCACAUGGAGCUGCUGGAGAAGGAGGUGCGGGACAAGGUGGCCGCCUUCCUCGGCUCCACCGAGCCUGCCCAACACUGAGCACCCCUCCCACGCCGCGGGGGUCUCCGUGGGUCCCCUCGCCCCAGCAGUGUCCCCUGGCAGAAAUAAACUGUCCCCUCCCCAUGCA